AUGGCUAACGGGCAAAAGCCUGCGCGGGACGAACUCAGGAACCUCCAAGAAGACCUUGGACCCUACUACCAAAUUCCUCUCAAGCCCCGACGAAGUGGUACUCACUCAAGAGAGAACAGCUUUCAAGAGUCUCUGCGCCAAUCGUCCAAUACACCUGAGCCGAAACGAUCGGGUUCCAAAAGACAGGAUCCUUCCAGUAGAGAUUCCACGCCGAACCGGCCAUCCAAAUCGAGGACCAAAACCAAUAGUCGGGACAUAACUUCGGACGUGGGCACGCCUAAGAGGUCCCCCAGAAGUGAACAUAAUACCCCGCGCCCAGAGUCGGUGAAGCCGGAGCGCCACAACCGCGAGAUGUCGCAACGAAACCGCAGUGGACGUGCGUCGAACCGCAACAACGGCAAUACACACGGAGAGGAAGUGCAGAUAUGGGAUUUGUGUAAAAGCCAAGUGGGGGAGAUCGUCUCAGGGAUCAACGCCGAGAACGACAGCCUGAGUGAGCUGGUUACCAUGGACAAGCAAGUUGGUGCUAUGGACCUGGAGAAGAUUCCAGGGGACUCAUUGAAAGACAUGGAACAGCUAUGUCGGACGGGAGUUAAGCACUCCGAGGCCAAUAUGUCGGCUCUCAAAAAUACUAUUGAGCAGCUUAAAGUGCUGCGCGCUGUGGUGCAUGCUAAGGAACAGCAAGAUGCUCAAGCGGCAGGACCUGGGAAGAGGCAAGCUCGAGAUACCACAGCAGCAGCAUCUUCGCUCUACGACUUUGAUGGAGCUGGCGACUCACCUGUACCGAGUCCAAUUGGAGGGGCAUCGCGGAAAUACGGCGAUCGAGCAAGAGAACGGGAACGGGAACGGGAGCGAGAAAAGGAAAAGGAACGAGAGAGGGAAAGAGAGAGAGAAAGAGAAAGGGAAAGGGAAAGAGAAAGAGACCGUGACAGCAUGCCACCAAAGGCCGAUAGUGUCGAGCCUCAGGGGUCUGUGGGAAGCGGUGUCGGGGGGAACAACAGAUCAAAAGUUGUCUUCUCAAAAGGUGAUGCAGUCGCGUUCAAACCGAAAGCACUGAAUGGCGAUACAACAUCAGAUUGGAUACUAGGCGAAGUAGCACAAGUUAUGGGCGAAGGCAAAAGCCGACGAUACAAGGUUCUUGAUAUAGAACCAGAGGACCAGAGCAAACAGAAGGAAUACCGAUCGAGCGCGAGUAGCAUGAUUCCAAUCGCACCCGAGAGUCAAGCCGCGACUCUCAAGGACUGGGAGGCGGGCAAGGUGGUGUUGGCCCUAUAUCCCCAAACUACGACGUUCUACAAGGCGGAGGUUCACAGCAUGGACAAUCAUGGCAAAGUCAAUCUCAAGUUUGAAGGGGAGAACGACUCGUCAACACUACAACAGGUUGAGAGGAGGUUUGUCAUCGAGUAUAGAGCAUGA